GCUCCCGCCCGGCACCGUGCUGCGCGAGGAGCACGGCACGCAAAAGCUGUCCUUUUUAUUGUGCCGCGCUCGUGCCCGUACAAAAGGAAAACCGAAGCCAGCCGAGGCGCAGUCAACUCCUCCUGGCUCCGCCCUGCAGCCGAAGGGCCCGGAAAAUGUUGCACGGCCCGGCCCACUCCUCCCCGCCGGCGUCCGUCGGCGCCGGCGGCGAUGGGCAGCCGCUGGUGGUGUCGCUCAACUGCAUCGAGGACCCGUCGUUGGAGCAGGAGGCGCUGGCAGGGGCGGCGGCCGUGGAGCACGCGCCGCUCUCGGCCCUCUCCGCGGGCCGCGUCGAGGCCGCCGCCGCCGUGCUCCUCCCCUCGCUCGCCUUCCUCCCGCGCGCCGCGCAGCGCCGGCUCCGGCCCUGGCAGCUGCUGCUCUGCCUCGGAUCCCCCGACCGCGCCGCGGACAGCGCCGCGGCCGCCGAGCUCGGGCUCCGCCUCGUCCACGUCGACGCCAACCGCGCCGAGGAGAUCGCCGACACCGUCAUGGCGCUCUUCCUCGGCCUCCUCCGCCGCACCCACCUCCUCUCCCGCCACGCCUCCUCCUCGGUGCCUGCCGCCGGGUGGCUUGGCUCCGUCCAGCCGCUCUGCCGCGGUAUGCGGCGAUGCCGGGGGCUUGUGCUCGGGAUCGUCGGCGUCUCCGCCGCCGCGCGGUGCCUCGCCACACGUAGCCUCGCCUUCCGCAUGAGCGUCCUGUACUUCGAUCCGCUAUACGAGUCUACUAGGAAACCAAAGCGACCUUCUAUUGUAUUUCCUUCUGCUGCCAGAAGAAUGGAUACUCUCAAUGAUUUAUUGGCAGCUAGUGAUCUUGUCUCACUUCACUGUGCAUUGACAAAUGAUACAACACAUAUACUUAAUGCCGAGCGCCUGCAGCUCAUAAAGCCUGGAGCUUUCAUAGUCAACACUGGUAGCUGUCAGCUCAUAGAUGACUGUGCGCUCAAAGAACUGUUGAUUGAUGGAACUAUAGCUGGAUGUGCAUUGGAUGGAGCUGAAGGUCCACAGUGGAUGGAAGCAUGGGUACGCGAGAUGCCAAAUGUAUUAAUUCUUCCUCACAGUGCGGACUACAGUGAAGAAGUGUGGAUGGAGAUCAGAGAGAAAGCUAUUGCAAUAUUGCAGUCCUUUUUCUAUGAUGGUGUUGUUCCAAACAAUGCUAUUUCUGAUGAAGAUGAAGACAUAAGUGAAGCAGGAUGUGAAGAUGAUCGACUAGCUAAUCAAGAAAAAGAACGUGCUUUACAGGUUUGUGAUGGUGAACGGCAGACAGAAGAAAGCCAAUUAACUAUAGAAUCUGACAAGAGAAGAGCCAUUUCCCAGCCUGAAGAACCUCAAGCUUCAGGACAGUCUCACAGUGUUGGCUUCAGAUCAGAAGGAAGGCGCAGCCGAUCUGGAAAGAAAGGGAAAAAGAGACCCUCUCGCCGCAGAUCGCAACAGAAAAUGGAUGAGUUGUCAGCUGUAGAAGGAGGAAGUAACUAUUCCUCACGUAAAGAUGAUGAUAACCAAGUGUUAAGUUCUAGUUCACGGUUUGCUUCACCUGAGGACUCCAAAAAUAAGCAGAAAUCUUCUGUUGAAUCACCAAUGGAAAUAAUUUCUGAAAAUAAGUUGCCUGCAGGGCUUGGUAGAAAGAUUCCCGAGAAGCUGAAAGAAGGUUUUGUUAUUGCCCUAAAGACGAGAGAUAAUUCAGGUUUUUAUGUUUCAAGAGAGAAGGUCGCUGGUGGUGGAUGGUAUCUUGAUGCGGUGCCAAAUGCUACAAAGAGGGAUCCUGCUGCUCAGUUCCUAAUCACUUUCAGAAACAAGGAUACUAUGGGUUUGCGAUCUUUUGUCGCUGGAGGCAAACUAUUACAGGCUAAUAAGACGGAGUUCAUUUUCGCAAGUCAUUCUUUUGAUGUUUGGGAGAGCUGGAUGCUGGAAGGCUCCUUGUCAGAAUGUUGUAAACUGGUCAACCGCAGAAAUUCCUCGGCCGUAUUGGAGGUCUAUAUUGAGCUCCUCGCAGCUCCCAGUGAAGAUGGUGUCACUAGGUGGCUUGACUAAUGCAUAUGGUCUCUAGGGCUAUCAAAGGAACUGACUCAAUGUUGUCCUCCAGUUUGGUCUGCUCCCAAUUUUCUGUUACCAAGUCUUCGGUUUUGGCAAUUCUAGAUCUAGAUUUCUAAUGCAGGGACCCCGCAGAUCCACUGUGAAUUAUUUAACAGCCUGCUGUUGUUAGUUGCACCAGUAAUUCAGUAUGAGAAACACGUUACUAUUUGCAAUGCAAAAUUCAGUAUGACUGUAUGCAAGUGUGGAUUACUCAACUAGUUAUUUAUUGUCUUUUUUA